CCCCCAAUCUUCCGAGAUUGUCUUGUUAAAGGGUUUGCUAUGGCUUCUGAUAAUCUGUUUAGCCAGUGUGGUUAGAGCCGACGAAUACGACGAUAUUAUUGAUGAUAUUACGAAAGAAAAAUACAAUGGCUGUAAUCAUACACAGUGGGAAGAAAUCGAGAAUCAAUUAUUACAAAACUUAAAUAAUAUAUGGAAUUCAACUUGCAAUUGGUUAUUAGCGGAAGAAACUGAGGAAAUAUUCCGUGAUGCCAUGCGGAAAUUGGAAAAACGCUUUAAUAAUGAACCCUACUUUCCAGUAACAGAAUCACCAAUUACAGCGAUCCCAAAAAUAACAACAACAACAACAACUACCACCACAACCCCAGCACCAACAACAACUACCACCACAACACCAGCACCAACAACACCACCAUCAACGACAAGAAGCACUACAACGACAACAACCGUAGCACCCAUUGUGCAAUGCGGUGAAGACAAUGAGAAUCGAUGUGUUGCAUUUUGGAAAUGCAAGAGCUCCAGGACGCUGAACGAUAAAUAUGAAAUCGAUAUAACUACAAGAGACGAAUGUCAUUACUUGGAGACCUGCUGCCCCUAUGCGGAGAUUUCAAAUGCUUCGAGACGGUUUAUUAAAUCAGUCCCCUCCACUUGUGGCUAUGGCACAAAUAAUGGUGUUAUUAUGACCAUUAAGGGAAAAAGAGCGAGUGAAUCGAAUUUCGGAGAGUACCCCUGGACUGUUGGUGUAUUUGACAUGGAGGAUAAAUAUCUCUUUGGUGGUUCAUUGAUCUCAAUAAAGGUGGUGCUAACCAGCGCAAGUGAACUGAAUUCAAAACACCGGAAGGUUCGAGCUGGUGAAUGGGAUAUGAAAACCAACAAAGAGGCAUUGUCAUAUGAGGAGAGAUUCGUCAAAGAGACUGUGAUACAUCACAAGUUUGUUUUUGAUGUCUAUGCAAAUGAUGUGGCGCUGCUUAUUUUAGAGAAACCAUUCAAACUGUUACCGCACAUUCGACCCAUCUGUUUGGCCAGCAACAUUGAACUGAACAGGAAGGAAUGCAUUGUCACAGGCUGGAAUGAUGAUACAUGGGCGCAUCAAUCCAUUAUGAGAGCAAUGAAACUUCAGUUAACUCAAUGUAACAGCUUUGUACACAAAACUCUGCUGUGUGUAACAGGUAAGAAUUCGGAUCUCACCUAUGGAAACGGCUCACCUCUGGUAUGUCCCGAACAAGGUAGUACCAAUCGGUAUUAUCAAAUUGGAAUUUGGAGCCAUGGAAUCUCUACAAAUGGAACGAAAUUCACUGACGUUCAACGUCAAUAUGAGUGGAUAAGAUCAGAACUUGCUAAUCGUAGUAUUUUGAUUAGUUAAAGGAAGAAAGAAUAGUCUCGCAAAAUUACAAUCGAAAAUCUUCGUGGGUUUCUUCUAAUGUAUAAUCUAAAACUUAAUA